AGUUUGGCGCACAGGGCAUGUGCAUAGUUUCAAGCAUGCCUCGCACAUACCUUUACUCUACUCAUGCAAGCAACUACAAGUAUGGAUUAGUUAGAUUUUAUUCACUGAAUUAAACUUGCAGUCACCUCGGGAAACAAGAAUAUACACUGACGUAGCAGCAUGAAAGAUUUAAUAGCUCAGGUGGAACGCGUCAUUGAAUCUGCAAGCUGUGAUUGACUUUAGAUUCAUCCACUUGGAAUGGGAAAUGCUAGCAAAGAGACGUUUUUAAUAACUGGUGGAUCUGGCUACUUCGGUAAUCGGCUCGCUCUGUCUCUGCAUAAAAAAGGAGCCAAAGUCAUCCUGUUUGACAUCAUCCCCCCAAGUCAAGAACUGCCAGAGGAUGUUGUGUUUGUGCAGGGUGAUAUACGUGAAUAUCCAGACGUGGAGAAGGCUGUCACAGGGGUGGAUUGUGUAUUCCACAUUGCCUCCUAUGGCAUGUCUGGCAGGGAGCAGCUAAAUCGCCAGCUGAUUGAGGCAGUGAACGUACAAGGCACACAGAACAUCUUGAAGGCCUGUGUAGAACACGGAGUGUCCAGGCUGAUUUACACCAGCACCUUCAAUGUGGUGUUCGGGGGUCAGGUAAUAGAGAACGGAGAUGAAAGCCUGCCUUAUCUACCUCUCCAUCUUCACCCGGACCACUACUCCAGAACCAAGUCCCUGGCUGACAUGGCAGUUCUGAAAGCUAAUGGCACAGUGCUGAAGGGCCGCUCGGGCCUGCUGAGCACCUGCGCACUGCGUCCGGCAGGUAUCUAUGGGCCAGGAGAGCAGAGGCAUCUGCCCAGGAUAGUUGACUAUAUAGAGAAGGGGAUCUUCAGGUUUGUUUACGGUAAACCCAGCAGCCUGGUGGAGUUUGUCCAUGUUGACAACCUGGUGUCAGCACAUGUGCUAGCUGCUGAGGCUCUGACCCCAGAGAAGCAGCACCGCGCCGCUGGCCAGGCCUACUUCAUCUCAGAUGGAAGGCCUGUCAACAAUUUUGAAUUCUUCAGACCUCUCGUAGAAGGCCUAGGCUAUCGUUUCCCAACACUGCGCCUUCCUAUCUCUUUCAUUUACUUUUUUGCCUUCCUCACAGAAAUGAUUCACUGCCUCAUCGGCCCCUUCUAUAACUUCCAGCCGCUGCUGACACGUACAGAGGUGUAUAAAACUGGCGUGACGCAUUACUUCAGCAUGGCAAAGGCAAAGGCGGAGCUCGGUUACGAGCCCAGGGAGUACAACCUGGAUGAGGUCGUGCAGUGGUUCAGAAGCAGAGGCCACGGGAAGAAAUGUCACCGCUCCUUCCUCAGUCGACUGCUGCUCAACGUCCUGUUUGUUUCUGCCUUGGUGGCUGUGUCUCUGUCUUUUCUGCCAGUCGUCGGCAGUUAAUGUAAAGUAGUCUUGCCUUUUGACUUUGCCCAAAACAUCAUCCAUACUAUGUGAAGACUGAUUCAUCAAAAGACAGUUUGCAUAUUUUAAUAUGUUAUCAUCCAUGUGCACCUUUCCUUUUAAAGUCAUUAAAACAAGUCCAGCCAUCUAAGGACCAAGUCUAUGAGAGCAGUUUAAAGCAGUAACAUAAGUUAGUUUAAUUUUUACAUGCUACCUCUUUUUUAACUUGUAAGGGCAAACAUCUAUGAUUACUGGAGAAAUACAUUUUUAAAUAUAUUUUUGUGCAAAAAUUAAUAAAACCUGACCUGUGAAAUUUGAAUUGUGGGUUUUGAUUUUUAAACU